UCUCGCUCUACGUCAUUCUCUCACGUUCGAUGUGUGGUGUCAGGGAAAUAUUCAUUAUUUUAUUUUAUUACAGAAAUAAUUAAAUCUUGAAAUGUUCUUAGGUUUUAUUUCUUCUAUUUAAUAAUGUAUUACUUUACUAAAGGUGCGCCAGUGAUGUUUAGUUGUCUGUGUGGUGUAUAGUGAAGAAAUUUAGUUUUAUUAGUUCACUAUGAACUGUCACCAAGUGCUGAGUGGUGCCUGUAAUUCAGGAGAUCAAUGUUUUGCUGUUGGUUCUGUGGAGGGAAUACCUUUUACCGCCUAUGCAGCAGGAUGUAACAUAGUGAUACUAGCUUCCAACUUCGAGCGUGUUCAGAUCAUACCUGGUGCUAUCCACGGCUACGUACGAAUCGGUUCAUUGGACUGCAGUACCGACACGGGAAAGAUUGCGGCAGCGUAUGGGGCUGAAGUAUGCAUAUUCGAACCAACACCGUUGAUACAUUCUGCAGCCACUACCCAUGGUUUGGAGUACAGAUGGGUGCAGACAGGCAAGCUAACAGCAGACGGACCGAUUACAGCACUGUCCUGGAACCUCGAAGGCACGCGGCUGCUUACCGGCGGCAAGAUACUGCAGCUAUGGCACCAGGCUUCCCUGUACCAGGACGACAGCCAACCGAGUUCCGGCGUGACAUUCCAAAUAGGCGGUGACAAGGAAGACAAACCAAGACAACAAGAUGACGAGGAGCCGGGUUGGAUAUGCGUUUGGCAAUGUCAUACCGCGACGCCGGCGCACCACUUGGCGUUCUCGCCAGAUGGCGUCCUCUUCGCUACGUCGGGCAUCAACGACCGGCUCGUCAAGAUCUGGUACCAGAAUAAAGUGCUAGUACAGGCGCACGGAGAACAUUCGCCCCCUGAGCUGAACUACACUUUCAUCUACGUAGCACACCCACGGGCCGUUACACACCUCUCAUGGCGGAAAACCAGCAAAUACAUGCCCAAAGGCAGCGUGGGCAACGUGCUAGUGACGUCAUGCGUGGACAACAUCUGCCGCGUGUGGGCCGAGACGCUGCUGCCGGAGGACGAGUGGGGCGGCGGCGUAGUGGCGGCGCACUCGCGGUCCCCGCCGCGCCGCCAGCGCGCCACGCACCGCCACAAGCAUCGGUUCAUGCAGCGGCUGAAGCAUAUGAAGACAUGUUUCCACAUCAGACGGAACGCGCAGUCAUCGAAGCAGCCAGGUGCGCCGAUCCCGACGCUGCCUUCAACGUACAGCGCGCACGAUUUUCACAACCCAUACCACGCCACCUCUUACACUGGAGGUCUCCAUUUCCACCUAGCAGCGUCGAUAAACGCAGAGACGGACAUACCCCUCGUGCCGUCGCUGGCUGGCGGCGGUCGCUUCAUCCUGCACUGGCUGCAUAACAAGGAGAUGCACUUCACCAGCCAAGCGGAGGCCAUACUACACGAUCUUACUAAAAAAAUAUUAGAUAAAGAAGAGAACGAGGAGGCAGGGUCUGGGUCGGACCACACCGCACAUCCGGACGGAGAGAAUGACGCGAGUAGCGGCAACCACAGUCACCCAAGUCUAUCGAACACGACGUCAAUAAACUCGAUAGCGACAGACGUGACGUGUACCCAUCUACCAGACUCGCUCGACGCUAAGAUUGAGUCUCUCCUGCGCGACUGGCAUCAGAGCCCCGACCUGCUCUUCUCCAUACACCCUGUCGACGGCAGCUUCCUUAUAUGGGUGUGUGAAUGGUUGGACGAGCUACAAGCGGGGGCGAUCAGACAGGCUCAAGUAUCAUUCUCCGCGCGGAUACCCUCAGCGUUCCCAUUAGGGGACGCCACCACUAUGUGCACGCCAGCAGCACUGUACCACGCCGCCGCGCAGCCGCUGUACGUACGACACCGGACCAAGCCCGUCAUUCCAGGUCAAACAUCACAGCCAGAACAAGUGACGACGCCAUUGGCGAGCGUGCAAGAAGAAAAGGAGGAAACUGAGUGGCCACAGAACGAGGAGCAAGGCGUGCAACAAGAUAAUGGUGCUCGGGAAGAGAACAAUAAUGAGAUGCAGAGGAAAACAAGUGUAGUCACCGAGGAGUUGGGAGACAACCAGGAAGGAGAUGUGCUGGACACGGCACCGGUCAUCUCUAUGGUUACCAACCAUACCAACGGCACACUCAACUUGUGGCAGCUCACCUUUGACGACAAGUCCAAGUUUUCACAGGUUCUAUCAAUCGGUCACGCGUCAAGAGCGUCCGGUCAUAGGUUUAGGGUAAAUGAUAUCACAUGCCAUCCAGUAUUACCUCUAUUACUUACUACAAGUCACCACAAUAUUUCUGAUAGUGAAAGAAACACGCAACCAGCAGACCUAGAUACGGCGGCCGGAGGAUUGUGUUCCGAGCUGAUAAUGUGGCGAGUGGAGUGUGUGGGGCCGCUUGGCAAGUCGGGUGGAGUGUCCGAGCUAGCCAGAGUCAACUCACCGCAUCUAUCCGCCUUCAGCAACGUUGCCUGGUUACCUACGUUACUUCCCAGCACUACGUUGGGAAAUCUAUCAAACUCACCGUCUGCGUGCUUCGUAGCGAGUGAUGGUGAAAGCCUGCGGGUGUUCCAAGCUGUGAUAGACGCAAGAACUCUGUUGGCAGAGAUUGCCACAUCGGAGAGACGACAUAACGAUGUAAUGCAGCACGACACGAUGUCAAUGUCGUCAGACUCGACACUAGAAGAGGGGGGCGGUAUCCCGCUGCACGACCGCAUCAAGAUAGUGUCACAACAAUCUACAGCGCGGCCCGGCGCCAUCAUACAACUACACGCGAUAGCUGACGCCACACACGACUGGCACAACACACAGUUGUUGCAUGUCUUCCAACAACAGCUCAUUACUGGUGAAAGAACAUCCCCCGAUACGGACAGCGCAGACUCCGGAGUGGAAGGCUCGGAGCACCAUCUGAAUACCAUCACGGAGGCCGGGUUGGAAGCGAUCGUCGACCUUCGUAAGGCAGCAGUGUUUAAUGAACCCUUCUACAUUGUGGUGCUGGAGAGGACUGAUGGAGGGUCCACUGUGCAUAUGUGGCGACUGACUGUGUCUUCACAGGCUGAUCCUUCGGAUGAUCUGACAAACAGCAUGAUGUACGUGCCGGACAGCGCCCUGGUGCAGGAGGAAGAGGGCGAGUCCCGCAAGAACUCCGUCUCCAUGGACACGGAUCGCGCGCCGCCGCCCGCGCAAGUGCACUCGCACAUCGCCAUAUCUACCAAAAAGGUGUGUGAGUGCCCUCUCGCUUUGCCGGACGGAGUGGAUGUUAUCCACGCGACACCCGCCGCCGGCCAUCUCAGUUCCGCCUCCAUCUACCCCGCUUGCUUAGCGCCUUAUAUCCUCGCCACUGCCUGCUCUGAUAGCACGUUGAGGUUCUGGAAAUGUGAUGUAACGAAAAAAGAAGACGGUGAAUUUGAAUACACUUGGAAGGAGUGGGAAAUGAUGAAUAAGGACCAAGAAUCGGCUAUAGACAUUCCAGGUCAACCACUACACAUAAGCGCGGCGUAUUCGGGCCGGAUAGCAUGCGCCUACAAAUGCGGGCGUUCGUUCACGCGUCCUAAAGGCGGCAGUUCUACGACGAACAACUCGACAGACGCGCGGUUCGUCAACCUGUGCGUUUGCGUGUAUGAAUGCGAAAGCACCGGCGGCGCGGAGUGGUUACUCGAAGACACGAUACCGCUCAAGAAUGUAAGCUUGCCUAGAGUCGGUGUUUGUGCUGAUACCCAGAUUGAUCUGUCGUAUUUGCAUGAUACGUCGUUUAUGCAGAAGAAACAGCGAUUGACGCAGGUUCUCCAAACAUUUUCAUCGGAGGAAGGGCGAAAUAAUCGCAACGGGGAGGGCGACACAGGCAAAUCGGCUGGCCUUCUCGCCGUUCCAUCGUUCAGUACACUUCAGUCCCUACGUAAAAGUAUUAUGGAAAAUGGAAACACUUGUCCGUUGACCCAGAAACAUCUAGUGCAACUGGACUGGGUGUCGAAGGAAGAUGGCUCGCAUAUACUGACGGUCGCUGUCGGUUCGAGAGUGCUGCUGUUCACACCGGUGUCUAGUGACCUCGCUCAAGCUAAUUUGAAGGCAAUGAAAGAAUCAAUAAACAACAACAGACCGAUACUUCGCAAGGCAUCGUCUCUUGCGGCUCCACUGUUUGUGGAAGAAAUCCGUUGGAUGCAACUCCGGCGUAUAGAACUGAAGACAGCGGACGGCUUACCGCCUUUGCCAAUGCAGAUAUCGUGGGUGCGAGACGGAAUAUUGGUUGUCGGAAUGGAUUCUGAAAUGCACGUGUAUUCGCAAUGGAAACCCGAAAAUCCACAGAGUUCUUCGGGGCAGAUGAAUGGACAGGACUUGGAAGAAGGCGGCGAAUCUCGUGCGCUCCGCGAUUCAGACCUGCGCAUCUCUGCGCCGCACCUGCAACGAGUGUCCUCUAUCAACCUUCAACUGCUGGAGCGUGACGCCAGGAGACGCAAUAAGGCGCAACCAGAUCAACCUCAGCCGCUUCUGGACUACAUGCCCGACUACGGUUUGUUUGAAGCAUCUCAAAUGGCGUGUCCAGUGUUGCCGCAGUACCAUCCCAAGCAACUCAUGGAGCUACUCAACAGCGGCAAGAUCAGAUGGGUGAAGGCUAUCCUUGCUCAUCUUGUUAGAUGUAUCGGCGGCACUUACGCUGGCCGAAGCUCCACAGGCGAUGAAGACAGCUUAUCCAGACAGCGCGGCUGGUCGCGCUCGCGCACGCUCUCCGUGUCGUUCGCCGCCGGCGCCGCGUCGCCGCUAGAUGGGGUUGCGCAGAUAACGGAAGACGUGCAGUUAGACUACGCGGAGAUAACUUCGGUGCCUCCACUGCCGUUGUGGACUCUGUUGGUUGCUGAUAACGAGUCCGCGCACCAUCCGUCCACUAUUCAAGAAGCCAUGGAUUAUGAGGUGCUUUUCGAAGGCACAAUGGAUACAGACGAGGAUCUAGAUAAGUUACUGCUGGGUGAAGAGGAAGGCGUCGACCGUAGACCGUCUAUGCCUGAGAGACAACCUCUAUCACACUUUGGACCUAGGCAAGGUCGUAUCCUCUCCCGUAUGCUAACACACACGCACCUACCGGGACUCAGUUCGCUGGACCAGAUGCACCUACUGGCUCUAGCCGAUACGGUAUCGACGUGUGACGCGGACUUUGCAGAGAGAUUCGCGCCCAACGCCAGGGUGGAUGUCAACCUUGCAACCGGACAGGAAGUUUUGCCGGAUUCCCUAGAUGACUGUGGCUUGCGGUUCCUCCUGGCAAUGAAGCAUUACGGCUACCUUCUGCGCUGCUUGCCUCUCGCUCAGCGCGCGAAUCUACAACGCACUGGCGUCGGUACCUGCAAUUUGGUGUGGGCGUACCACUCGGAGACUCACGAACAACUGUUGGCGCUGAUACCUGGAUACGCCAAAGGACAACCUAAAUGGAAUACUAUGAGGGAGCUGGGUGUGGGCUGGUGGAUCCGAGGUGACCUCCUCCGAACAUGUAUGGAGAAGUUGGCACGUUCCUCAUACAUGCAGAAGCAAGAUCCGAUGGAUGCGGCUCUUUAUUACCUCGCCAUGAAGAAGAAAAACUUGCUCUGGGGGCUGUUCCGGUCAAACAGGGACGAGAAGAUGACUGCCUUCUUCUCAAACAACUUCUCUGAAGACCGUUGGCGCAAGGCGGCGUUGAAGAACGCUUUUGUACUCCUCGGAAAGCAACGGUUUGAACACGCCGCUGCCUUCUUCUUACUUGGUGGUGCCUUAAAAGACGCUCUAGAGGUGCUAAUCACCCGUCUCGGAGAUCUGCAAUUAGCUAUGGUGGUUUCGAGGCUAUACGAGUCUGACAACACAUUGCCGGAGAGUUUGAGGAAACUGCUCAUGGAUGAAAUACUUGGAGGUGAGACAGAAGACGGGUCAGUGGAACUGGAGCGCGCUCACCCGGACCCGUUUGUAAGGUCAAUGGCUCUUUGGGAACUCAAGCGGUACGGCGAAGCUCUAGACACAUUGCUCAGUCCCGCUGGAAGAUUGCACGCAGCGCGGGACAAUGAACCCAUGCCUAGUGUGUUCAAUUUCUACGUGUACCUACGCACGCAUCCGAGGUUGAAGAGACACAAUUUGCCUAGUCAGGGUGGCCACCUAGCCCUUCUCCAAAAUGAAGCUGACGAGGGAAUAACACGGCUGGAACGCCGUUUGUACUUCCAAACUGCGCACGGGCACUUCAAGGCCGGCUGUCCAGCACUAGCGCUCGAAGUAUUAUCGAAGCUUCCCGCAAGAGUCCGCGACGAGAAACCGCGGCACCCCGUCUCAGCGCCAUCUAUCGACGAGGCCGUAAUACACACAGGACAACUGGGCGAAGAAACCACAGCCAAAAAAGAAUUACCGAAAUCGGAGAGUCACGACUGGGGAACGCCGACUGUAGGCGUGGAUUGGGGUGCGCCCGUCGCCGCCGUGGCUAACGAUGAACUGGUGCUCAACUGGGACGAUGAGGAUGAUAAGGGAUCCGGCGAAUCAGGAGCGUCAACACCGCCUUUAGAAAUGAAGAUGGACAAAAAAGAUACAGAGGAAGAACAAGAACAGAACGGAGUGUCAGAGAAGGACAAGGUAGACGAGCCGCCGACCGUGGACAUCAUGGCGCAACAACUCAAAUUCGUCGCCUGCCUCAAAAUACUGAUGGAGGAACUCAGUACGCUGGCCACUGGAUUUGAAGUCGAUGGUGGACACCUCCGUUACCAGUUAUACAUCUGGUUGGAGCGCGAAGUAGAGGCGUUACGUCGUCUAUGCGGCUACGCGUCCGCGCCGGGCUCGGGCGGAGGCGGGGAGCUUAUAUGCGCAGAUGCCGACCCACCUCCGCUGCCCGAACGACCGACGUUACAUCAACUGCUCAUCAGGGAAAAAGCAGACUUUGAAGCUAAAGUGCAACGGGCUGUGGGACGCAAGAAGUGGCUCAAAGCUAACGAAACCCUCCUGCGCACGUUACUGUCAUAUUGCUCGCUCCACGGUGCGGGCGGCGGCGGUCUAGCCUCCGUCCGUAUGGAGCUAGUUCUACUACUGCAAGAACUAGGACAAGACAAGCAGCACCAACAACUGUUGUCGCCUCUGCCAUUCCCCACCACGCUGCCGUUGUUAGCAGCUGCUGUUGCGGCCAACAACACGGUUGUUGCUGAUCCUGUGAGGCAUUUACAGGCGGUAGCUCACGACAUGCUAGGCACGAUCGGCGAGCUGGGUAUCCCGGGCGGGUCGGCGACGCGUAUCCUGCACACUUUGAGGGAACUAGCCGUCGCUCUCUCUGCCUGUAUCUACCAGAGUCUCUGCGACUCUGACAGUUUCAGCUUAAAGCACACGCAUCACCACGAUGGUAUCAUAGCCGAAACUCCAGGCUCUACACAUUUACUCGCCCGACAAAGACGUCAAUCUAUCGAUGAAUUGCAAGUCACAACUCCACCCAACAAGUGGCCAGGAGUAUCCGCACUUCGCGGUCUCGCGUUACGAGCGGCGGAAGAAGAGGACGCGCCGCGCUUACCAGUUCUACUUGCCGAGGCAUUCUGCGCGGUAUACCUAGCGCUACUAGGCUGGGCGCUGGCGGCGAGAGAUGCUCACUUGUUGUACCGCCUGGGAGCACAGACGGCCGACAUGAAGGCACAUUCUAGAUUGUUCGGUGGAGGGGUCCGCAGGUUGCUUACUACCGCCCCCGCUACGCCGCAGCCAAAACUAGUGGAACGCCCAGAAGGCACAUCAGUUUGGUCGUCUCUGCGGGAGAAACGUGCGUUACUCAACAUGAGAUUACUGGGCCUCGGUCCGACUCAACCUCACAAGAACAUCCAGGAAGGUCGGCCGACAUAUAGGGAACAGUUCGUGCCGCCGCAUUGUAGCAUAUUGACGUUUCUGCUGACCAAGCCGUCGCCGGAACAAGAUCCGGAGAACUAUGACUAUGAUUCAGCUGAAUCAGGCGCGGAAGACGCAGAGGACAGUGGCAGUGAAGUCGACGACGACGAUAUCUUUGACACGUCUACCACCAAAAAAGAGAAGAAGAGCAAGUUCAGUAACACGGAGCACUCAGACCCUGACUCAUACUCGUGGUACGUGAUGCGAGUGGCCGUGCUGAGAUUGGCGCAGCAGAAGUUGCAGCACUUCUUGCAGAUGUGCGGCAUUGAGAUGUCCGAACUAGCAACAACCAGUCCCACAAUCCACGCGGCGUUGCGUCGCGUGGACCAAUGGCAGCAGCAGCUAACAGAGACGUUGGAGUCGCGCGCACCGCCCCCCGACUACAUUCCCGGCUGCUUCCCUGACCAGCAGACCAGCGGUCCGCCCAUCAAUAAAUACAAGUGUCUGCUAGAGAAGCAUAAUACGCCAUUCAACUCGUCGCUCUGGAGCGCGGCGCCGGCCAGACGGUUAUGGAACUUCCUAGUGCGACAGGAACCCGUGCAGGAAAUAUUCAUCCGCGCAGUAUUCUCUCGUCGCCGCACGCAGUCGAUGUCUGUGGAGGCGGCAGGCGGCGAGGGCCGCGGCGGCUGCAUCCCGCAACAACGACGCGACGACGAGACCCACAGCCCUGUGCGGAUCAUUCACAAGGAACAGGACUCCAUCGCCGCCUUCUGUCUUAAUAGGGUCGGUGGAGGUCUGCUAGCAGUCGCGACGGCCCGAGAGGUUCAAGAGAUGGAUGUAUCUCUGCUACUACGGGGCGGAGCGUGCUGGGCCGAAGACGAGUGCGAAGUGGACUUACUAGGCCUGGGGUCAGACCCCGCUACUCUACCCGACACUGGCUUCUUACUCAUACAACAUCAGGACAAGCCUAACAGUAUUCCUGGUACAGGCAACAGUUCCCCUCUCAACCCGAACGCGCCACAAGUCCCCAUCGGCAUGGCCAGUCAGACUGGACGCGGCGCUAGUGUUCAGGAGCGGCGCGGAAGCCUCGUAAAGCCAACUGGCCACGAAGCCUAUAUUGUCACAGUGCUGAAACACAAAAUUGACAAUAUUAAAAGGAUGGCGGCUCAUCCAACACAACCACUAUACUUGACUGGGGGAGCGGACGGUUCGGUCCAACUGUGGGAAUGGGGACAUCCCUCCUGCGUUUGGUCGCCGCGCGCUCCCGGGGCGUUCGCCAAGGUCACUCGGGUGCGCUUCUCUGACUAUGGGAACAAGUUUGCUGCGGCCGAUGCCGACGGCAACCUGGCACUGUGGCAACUACACCCGUCAGCGUCGCAUCACCAGCCGGGACAGCCUCACGCCUCGCCUAGACCCUUCUUUACCCACCAGUGUCACAGUAAAGGAAUCAGUGAUUUCGUUUUCCUUGGUUCCUGCAGUUUAGUAGCCACAGCCGGUCACAGUUCGGAAAGUAAAAACGUAGCGAUAUGGGACACGUUGAUGCCUAUCAAGAAAGCUUUGGUCGUCUCUUGGACGUGUCACGAAGGCGGCGCAGCCAGCGUGGCGUGGGCAGGAACCUCGGGGGCGCUAGUAUCGUGUGGUCGGCGCGGAGACGUUCUUGUAUGGGACUUGCGAGCGCGCGCACCCAGACAUAAGUUGCACGCUCACCACGCGCCUAUCAAGUGUGUCGCGCUGUCCCCGCGCGAGGACAUUUACGCUAUCGGCGCUGCUGACGGAGACAUCAAGGUGUUCUCGCUGGCCACACACCAGCUGCUGCACACGUUCACUGGCGAGCACGCGCGUAGCUCGUUCUUCAAACACAUCGGACAGGGCGUCACGCAAAUACACAUCGACAACGCGGGUCGGUUGUUCUCGUGCGGCGCGGACGGCACGAUGAAGGUGCGCAAGCUGCCAGAGCGGGACGCGCCGCCGCCGCACCAGCCGCACUACUGAACAUAUACGGCGGGUGAUGCUUGGUGCGCGGCGAGCGCGGCGCAGGCGCCCGGCGGCGUCAGCCUUGUCUCCUUGUGAUGUAUUUAUCUUGUUGCUAUUAUGUGUUACGAUGUACGAGUACCGACAUACCGCGCCGUUAGACUAGUCACUGAGUAGGCGAUGUUGUAUGUAAUGUAUUAAAAAUGUUAAAUGAAUCUUUAGUUAUCUCUAGUGUGAAAUAUUCGCUAUUUUUAUCUUAAUAAAACUCGUCUUAGAUGAAUAUACCUAACGAUAAUUUAUUUAUUUGCACUCGCUGUUAGUCGACCUACCCGGCCCCACGGCAGGCCUAAUAUGAAUUAUGUAAACAAUACAGCAGUAGUUCAUAUCUUAAUGUAUCAUGUACGAUGUGUAUUUUAGUAUUGAUAAAGUGCAAUAACACAAUCGCUAACUUAUGAAUACGACAGUUGUCCUCGUCGAAGCCUUCAUAGAUAACUAUAAUCCUUGGAUGUUUAGCUUGUGAUGUGAGUGCAUAUAUCAUACGUGUAACUUGUUGACGCAUAAUAUAAUUUAUCAAAUAAAAUAUAUUUCAAUACAGUGUGUAUAUCGACUUUGUUGGCUUCGUUAAUAAUAAAUAAUGACUAAUGUAACCCCGUUGCAUCGUCUCUAUUCGCCCACAGUCCCACUGCUGGGCACUAUAUUCUCAUGCAACAUUGAUAAUAAUUAUUCCCGUCGCACCCCCAUUAGCUGUAAGAUUUCUCUAUUUCUAUUAUAUGUGAUGUUUCGAAAUUAAUCGUCCAGAUUCUGUUAAGCAAUAUUUUCCGGUGAGCAUUUCUUUGAAUCAAAGCAAUAAAUCUGAAAGGAAUAUUUAUUUACUUAUUAUUUACACUAUUAAACAAAUAUAGUUUGCCAAACAGUAUUAUUUAUAAUUGAGGUAUAACAGAUAACGAAAGCUGCAAAAUCAACUUUUUCAGCAUUUUGAAAUCGAUUGCUAAAUUAUGAAUGUAUGUGUGUUUGUGAUAUUAUAUAAAGAGCCUUUAGUCUGGCGUUAUAUUCCAAUAAAAUUAUAAAAUUAUGCUAUUGUUAUUUGCUUCUAUAUCUAUAUGACUAACUCUAGAUAACUCCGAUCGAAACUGUGGAAAACUGUCUCUUUCUGCUCUACCAACGUUCUUAUAAUUUUCUACUAAAACUUGCAUGCACUUCUGUCUUGUUUAAUACUUUAACAAGCACUUUAUAGUUAAACAAUGGUGCUGAUACCAGUACACAACAUCUUAUUUUAUUUUAAGUCAUACCUGUCAUUGUCUUAUCCGCCGAAAAGGAAAGGGACGGGUAAUCGAGAGGCAUAACACUUAUGGAACACAUUUUACACAAAAGUUUCCCAGUUUUAUAUUUGCCAAUAACCCGAUAGAAUUAAGUUAACAGCACACGUCAAACGGAUUGAAUAUGAGCGAGAUGCUUAUUAUAUUCGCCCGGGUUAUUAAUUGAUCUUAAAAUUAACAGGCGUCCCUUUCCUUUUUGUCGGAUAAGAAAAUGACAGGUAUAACUUAAAAUAAAAUUAGGUGUGUGCAGGAAUCGGGGCCAGUAGCAUUUAAAUACACAAUAUAAUAAACAUUAGAUGUAAUCGUACCGUCAGGUGUGAACCGCGCGUUGUGCACUCAUGCGCCCCCGAGCUGUUAAAAGACAUUUGGUACGUUGUUUUUGUUUGGUUAACUAUUUUUAAUAUUCCUCUAGGUUAAUUAUGUGUAAUCACCAAAGUUUAUGUCAAAUUGUUUUCGACAUGCUAAAAUUGUACAGCGCAGUGAUAAAUUCACAGCGCAAUUAUUUACCAAAUUGUUUAGGUUUUACGGGUGAUUUUCGCACAAGUUUCGUAUGGGAAGUUGUCAUAUAUUAGUUGCAUAUCAUAAUCUGUUGGCAAAAUAUAAUGUUUGCAUCUUAUACCAUUCAUUGUAUUAUUGUUUGUUGUAGAUUACAACUUAAAAGUGGAUGUUGUAAAAAUAUAAUCAGUUUUCGAAAUACUUCGUUAUAUUUCUUCUUUCUAGUAGUGUGCAACUUAACGGUACGAAAUUUUAGACUUCGUUAGCUCAUUAUGUAAUUUUUAAUUACUUGUCAAUAUUACUUUGGUGUUGAGUUUGUAAUUGUAGUUUUUGCUUUUCCGCAUUACGGAUCAUACUUUCGUAGAUAACUGUGAUGUACUUGUAAGUUUAUUGGUAUCAGCUUAGGGCAAUAUAUCUUUGGUGUUUUUGGCAGGUUCGUAUGGUGCUGCGGUAAAAGUAGACGGACGGAAGUCGUCGGCAAAUUGUCGGUUGAUAAUAACGUUUCCCGUGCUCACCAUACGCGGCCAGCCUAUUGUUAUAUGUACGUAAUAAAAAUAAAUAUCUGUAGGCAGCACACAAACAAGACGUACAAUAAUGCAACACUGAAACUGUCAAUUUCAAAAUCAAAUAUUUUAUUAUCAAACUACACACUGCACCAUGUUAAAUAUAAUAAUGAAUGAAAUUAUGGACGUUGUUCAUAUUUAAUGCUUAUUUUGUUUUAUUUAUGAAGGAAACAUUUUAAAUAAAGGUUAACUCAAUUA